GCUUGAUUCCGGGGAGAGAGAAAAACGCAACAUUAACACCAUUUCCUCGUCGUUUUCUCAUUAUCCGUUAAGUGAAACACUUCGGGGAUGGACGUAAGCGCUCAACACUGAGGCUGCCAGCUCGCCAGUUGUUCCCCCAUGGCCCUCGUUCAUGAGCCCCGUGCCCCAUCUCCAUCCCUCUCUGGUUUCAACACCCCUCUCUCCGAAACCCCAUCCUUUCGUCGGCUCGAUGCCGAAACUCCCUGCACCCCAGAAAUGGACCUUACGCCCACCCAGUGCGUCCUUCGCAACGUCCUCUCUAUAGACACGGGGGGCUCGGUGGAGCCGAGAGGCGGAGGAGGGGACGGACCGACUUCUGGGCCCCAUCAGACGCCGGGCGACGAGCAGCACGAUCACUUUGCCAACAGCGUCCUCAAGCUGCAUGACCACGACGGGGGUCCCACCAGGACGGAGGGAGAGGGGACGCAGGCGGACGGCUGCGCUGUGCGGCGCGAGGCGGGCAACCCUAGGCUGCAGUGCCAGUCCAACGGUGGAGGCGGGGGCUUUCUCGAGGGCUUGUUUGGCUGUCUGCGACCUGUCUGGACUAUGAUCGGGAAGGCGUAUUCCACGGAACACAAACACGACCUGGACGAGGCGUGGGAAGUCCCCUUCGAGGAGAUUUCGGACCUGCAGUGGGUGGGCAGCGGCGCCCAGGGCGCCGUCUUCCUGGGCAAGCUGCACGGACAGGAGGUGGCGGUGAAGAAAGUGCGGAACAUCAAGGAGACGGACAUCAAGCAUCUCCGGAAGCUCAAACACCCCAACAUCAUCACUUUUAAAGGAAUCUGCACCCAGGCUCCGUGCUACUGCAUCCUCAUGGAGUACUGCGCCCAGGGCCAGCUGUACGAGGUGCUGAGAGCGGGCAGGAAGAUCACGCCGUCACUCCUCAUGGACUGGGCCAUGGGCGUCGCCGGGGGGAUGAACUACCUACACCUGCACAAGAUCAUCCACAGAGAUCUCAAAUCGCCAAAUAUUCUUAUCACAUAUGAUGAUGCGGUGAAGAUCUCCGAUUUCGGCACAUCUAAAGAGCUCAGCGACAAGAGCACCAAGAUGUCCUUUGCCGGUACGGUGGCCUGGAUGGCCCCCGAGGUCAUACGGAAUGAGCCGGUCUCAGAGAAGGUGGAUAUCUGGUCUUUUGGGGUUGUGCUGUGGGAGAUGCUGACAGGCGAGGUACCCUACAAGGACGUGGACUCCUCUGCCAUCAUCUGGGGAGUGGGCAACAACAGCCUGCAGCUGCCCGUACCCGACAGCUGUCCCGACAGCUUCAAACUGCUCUUGAGGCAAAGCUGGAAUUGCAAACCAAGAAACAGACCUUCGUUCCGACAGAUUCUCCUACAUCUGGACAUCGCUUCGGCGGACAUCUUGUCGACCCCGCAAGAGACAUACUUCCAGUCACAGGCCGAGUGGAGGGAUGAGGUGAGGCACCACUUUGAGAAGAUCAAGUCCGAGGGAACGUGUCUUCACCGACUGGAUGAGGAGCUCAUCAAACGGCGCAGGGAGGAGCUGAGACAUGCGCUGGACAUCCGGGAGCACUACGAGAGGAAACUGGAGCGAGCCAACAACCUCUACAUGGAGCUCAACGCCAUCAUGCUGCAGCUGGAGCUCAAGGAGAAGGAGCUGCUCAAGAGGGAGCAGUCACUGGACAAGAAGUACCCGGGCUGCUUCAAGCACCACAGCUCCAGACAAUCGGCCUCCUCCAACUCCAUGGAGAAACUCAUGAAGAAACGCAACGUGCCUCAGAAGCUGCCGGUGCACAGCAAGAGGCCAGACUUACUCAAGUCAGAAGUCAUCCUUCCCAAACUGGACUCCAACAUGACCCAGGUGACCAUUCCCACCAAGGGCUCCACAUCGCCCGGACGCUCCCGGCGAGGGAAGCCACGCUACAGGAAGGCGGGCAAAGGCAGCAGCAGCGAGCUGGCCCAGCUGAAGGCCACGCUGUCUUCGUCUCUGGCCAUGAUCAGCGCCACCGCGUCGGUCCCCAGCAGCAAGCAACGUCUGGACCCCAGCGCCGCGCUCAGGGGCCUGCAGCACGACCUGCUGCUCAAGAAGAUGUCCUCCUCGAGCCCCGACCUCAUCUCCACCACGCUGGAGGCCGAGGGACGCAGGAAGGGUCAGCCCGGACCCGGCCUGGACCGGGCGGGCAGCCAGAGCGCCUCGGCCGGGUUGGAAGAUGGCGGGCCGGACGGCGGGCCGGACGUGAGCGCCGGGGCGGAAGAGCUGGCGGAAACGCCCCCGCGCAGCGACACGCCCAGCGAAGACGCCGCCUCCGUCCCGUUCGCCAGCAGCCCCGACUCGCCGUGCGGCAGGGGGGCGGCGGCGGGGCGGCCGUCGUCCGCCGGGAGCCCCCGCGUUCCUCAGGACGGCGAGGAGAAGGAGGAGGGCGCGGUGAUCACGCGCUCGCCCAGAAGUCAACGCCUCACGCCGUCGGCCUUGCUUUACAGAGCGGCAGUCACGCGCAGUCAAAGACGGGGCGUGUCAUCUGAGGAAGAGGAAGGAGAGGUCGACAGCGAGGUGGAGCUGCCCACAAGAUGGAGGCCAGCUAGCAUCAGCAAAUGCCAGUCGCUGUCCACAUUCAGCUCGGAGAACCUGUCGGUCUCAGACGGCGAGGAGGGCAACACCACGGACCACUCGCACAGCGGCACCCCCGACGUGGUCAGCACCAACACGGACGAGCGCCUGGACGACAAGAGCGACGAUCUCCUCUCGCAGGGCUCCGAGAUCCCCGCCGACCCCGCCCACGCCGCCUCCGACGGCCUGUCCGAGAAGGAGGCUGCCGUCCGCCACGUCAGGACGCAGCUCGCCACUCACGAGCGGAACUACGAGGUUCUCUACGACGACUCAGACUGCGAUAGCGCCGAGCUGGACCAACCGAGCAGCGUGGACCCCAGCCAGAACUGGUGAAACCAACCACUAGCACCAACCUAGUCCGGGUCAUUGAACGCCUCGCCAUCACGCGCACGCCGACAGGAAAUGAGAACUUGGGUGAGCAGCCUGAACAAAGUGGGUGUGGUUUCUCACUGUCACGUGAUCAUGAUGGAAUCCUAUCAGGUUUUGUUUGGCCUAAUUAUGCACUCACUUGUUUAUUUAUUUGUUUAUUUAUUUAUUGUGCUCAAGAAUGUUUACAUUGUGUCGUGGAUUACGUUGCCAUUUUCUACGUGUACAUAAAAAAAAGGGCGUGCGUGUAAAAUGAACAAAUUUCUAACGCGAGUGAUUGUAUCAUUUGGGGAAAAAAAAAAACAGAAAAAGGUGCUGACGUUUCU